AUUGGGCUAACAAUAUGAACUUUUCAAAUCUAAAAAUGCUACAUGUCUUCAUUUAAUUUGUUGGUAUGCAGACACGAAAUGCAUUAGCUAGCACUUAUUCAGCGCCUCAGAGAUCUGCCAGUUCAGGUGCUCUUUUAAUUGGAGAUCCUUCAGUUAUGCGGGACAGAGCUGGAAACUUUGUUCUUCCGCAAGCUAUUGUCAUGAAGCUGAGAGAUCGUCUCAGAAAUGAAGAAGUUGCUGCAGAUUUAUUCCUUUGUGGAACCAAAAAUGGCCUAACAUAUUGUCGUAUUGAGGCUGGACAAGUUGGUCUCAGAUUGGUUAGCAAGGGUGAUAGGUUGACAACCAUUGCUAGCGAAUGGAGUAUAGGUUUUGCCUGUAUCACGAUAGCAAAAGAUGAAUACGUUCAUCCCCAACAUCCUCACCAAUUCAUCUCAGAAUCAACACGAAAAAAUUCUACCUGCUUCACAUAUGCAUGGAAGGUGGCAUAUUGUGACAGUUAUUUUAGAUGCUGAGUUCGGUGAGGCUACCUCCUAUGUUGAUGGACGUUAUGAUGGAUGUCAUACCACUCCAUGGGACUAAUUGCAUACGGGAGGAAGGAACCGGUGUUUGGGCUGGCUUAGGCCACCGGUAGAUUUGGAUGCUUUUGGAAGGUCUGACAGUGAAGAUGGGGAUUCUAAGUGCCAAAUAAUGGAUGCCUACCAGUUGGACAAGGGAUAGGGGUGUAAAUAAGUUAAGUCGUUCGUGAGCUAUUCGAAACUCGAUUCGAUAAAAGUUCGUUUGAGCUCGUUUAAUGAGGUUCGU